GCCGCUACCCAGUAGGCGUGCGGUUUCUCGUCGGACUCUGAUUUAUGUGACCCCUGCUGGCGGUUUGAAGUUUAGCUCAACGUUAGCGGUAGUCGGUCGUUUUUUGUUUUUGUUUACUAGGCUGUCGCGAUGCCUGCGGAAAAUCUGCGAUGGGACACUUUAGUGGCCUUAAAAAAUUCACCCAAAGGAAACAUCACAUUCGACCCGUACUGGUCGGAACGGGGCGAGGAUAUAAUGGCAGGUUGUAAAGAGGCCAUCAGCUUGUCCCCGCACUCUAGGGUCAUAUUGGAGCGUCUCAGCUCCUCGCCCCUUCAGAAGUCCUGCUUUCUGGGCUCCAGCUCCGGAGACUCCAGCCCCGGCUUGUCUGACGGGAUCCCAGCCUCGAUUUCCUCCACAGGCUCCGUCCCCGACAGCAACACUAAGCACAACACACUUUCCGCAGCCCCGUCUUUAAAGACCGAGUGUGAGCAGGCUGUCAGUGAUGAGGCGAAGGAUGACGAUCCAGAGGCAGGUGUCAGUGAGCUUUCCAGUCCGGCGUCGCUACCCGCCAUUUCCCUGCUGUCGCCCAAAGCCAUGGAGACGGCCGGUCGCAUUAUCAAAUUUGAGGAGGAACAUCGAGAAAAGGCCAAGAUGGCGCUCAAGCUGCGGCAGGAGAUGCACGAGAAGCUGGUGGCGGCGGCGGCGAGCUCGGAGUCGGAGCAGCUGAAACGCUUCGAGGAGUUCAUGGAGCUGAAGCAGAGGCAGGAGUACCAGAGCAUAAGGGACAUGAUGGACAGAGAGACUAAAGAGAGCAUCGGGCGUCAAGAGAAGCUGAAGGAGGAGCAACGGCACAGAAUGAAGAUCCUGAACCUGCGGCUGAGGGAGGCGGAGCAGCAGCGCCUGCGGGAGGCGGAGCUGGAGCGGCAGCGGCAGGCGGAGGGCAGGGAGAGACUGCGCAACCUCAACACCAUCCAGGAGGAGAUCCUGCAGCUCAACCAGCUGCUGGAGCCGUCCACCCAGACCAAAACCGAACUCCCGCCGGCCAGCCUCAGCUCCUACAGCACCCGGGGGAACCAGCUGUGCUCCCAGGUGUCGGAGGUGGUGCGAAAGACGGCAGAGGGAGAGUUUCCCAGCGUGGACGACAUGACUGUGGCAGAGCGAGCCCUCCACGAGAUGAGGGCGCUGAUCCGACUGAUGCAGGAGGAGGUGGCCAAGGCUCAAGAGAAGAAGAAGGACCGGGAGGCGGAAGAGGCGCGCAGGAAGCAGGCAGAGCUGCAGGUGCAGCAGGAGGCGCAGAAGAAGGCGGCGCAGUCGGCCAAAGAGAGAGCCCAGAGGAAAGGGCUGCAGAACAGCGCUGAAGACAGCACUUUGAAAUGGUACAAGGCGCUGCAGGAUUCAGCUGCUCAGUGCGCUCAGGCCUUUGAGCAACUCAACUCCCCGAAAGACGUCCAGACGAAGAAGCUGAAGCUGGAGCUCCAGAAAGCAGCCACCAUCCCCGUGAGUCAAAUCUCCAGCAACUCGGGAUCGCAGCUCCGGGAAAUCUUCGACAAGAUCGACAAGCUGCUGGCGGGACGGGCGGUGGUGUCGGGGGGGAAGUCUGUCUCCACCUCCCAGCAUCCACAGGGCCUGGACUUUGUCAGCUACAAACUAGCCGAGAAGUUCGUGAAACAAGGAGAGGAGGAGGUGGCGUCUCACCACGAAGCAGCCUUCCCCAUCGCCGUGGUGGCCUCUGGUGUCUGGGAGCUACACCCUCGGGUGGGGGACCUCAUCCUCGCCCACCUGCACAAGAAGUGCCCUUACGCGGUCCCACAUUACCCGCCGAUGAAGGACGGCACACCUGUGGGGGAAUAUCAGAGGAUUCUUGGUUACCGUGUGGACGACGCCGGGGUGGAAGGUCAGGACAGUUUCCUGAAGAGGAUGUCUGGGAUGAUCCGCCUGUACGCCGCCAUGAUCCAGAUGAGGUGGCCCUACGGCUCCAAGCAGGGGUCCGUUCCUCACGGUCUGAACCAGGGCUGGCGUUGGUUGGCUCAGAUGCUCAACAUGGAGCCUCUGGCCGACAUCACGGCAACGCUGCUGUUCGACUUCCUGGAGGUUUGUGGUAAUGCUUUGAUGAAGCAGUAUCAGAGCCAGUUCUGGAAACUCAUCCUGCUUCUUAAAGAGGAGUACUUUCCCAGGAUCGAAGCGGUGACCAGCAGCGGACAGAUGGGCUCAGUCAUCAGACUCAAACAGUUUCUGGAGACGUCACUGCAGAGCCGACAGAUCAGUCCGCCCAAAGGUCAGCUGAGCUCCGUGUUCUGGAGGUCGUGAAGGACCAGACGUGUUGCGUGUUGCUGCUGCAUGACGCCGCUCGGGGCUGAGUAGACCAAGAGAGGGAUGUGGCCUGACGCUAAGAAACCGGCUCUGUGGCUGGACGGGGACUUGCCCCACGGGCGACUUUUAAUCGGGAAAAGUCGAAGCCGCUGGGAAGUUGUUGGUCACAUCUUUUAAAACUAGAAGUAACGCAGCUUCCGUGUCAGUCUCCUGCUCUGGUUUCGUUUACUGGACGCCUCUAAGAGCCGAUCGGGACGCAGGUGAUACGCUCAACGAUUUUUGGACUAUAAAUUAUUUAUCAGCAGCUUUGGAAGAAGUUUUGAACUGCUAGCAACAAGAUAUUUUACCUAUGGGGAGAACUUUCUGGAUGAACACCGACGUCGUCUCGCCAACACAGCCGUCCUCCCAACACCUGUUCAAAGGGAUUGAUGGGCGUCCUCGUGCGGGUGUGUCUGCGGUGCACUGACGGUUUUCUGCUUCUCAAAGCUUUAGAUUCAUAAUUCAUGUGUGUGCAACAAAAGGAAAAAAAAAAAUCCUGCAAAAAGAGGCAAGUGUGCGCUUCCUGAAAUGAGGACGUGCGAUAAUUAUGUGGAGAUGUGAAUCUCUCCUUUACGUUUUUGUGAAGUGCCUGAAUCUGAAUCCUCUAAAUGAAGUUCUCCAGUUUUUCAAGAUCAUCUCGUUCAUAGCUGUUUAAAUCAGUUUAACUUUAGUUUGCUGUAAUUCCUGUGGGGAAAUUCCACAGUCGCUGUUCAAAUCAAAAUUGCGUCGACUGAUUUGGAUGUUUUGCUGUUUAUUUUUGUUUUUUUUAUUGUUUUAUGAAUCCACCAUGUGGAACGAAGAUUCACGGUUCGAUGAGCUGUCGUUUAAUCUUUGUGAAUGAAGUUUCCUCAAACUGAAGCAGAAAUCCGAGGACGAAUCAGUGCUUUAAAGCGACGGUCAUUGUGCUUGGUUUUGUUCCCGCUGUUUUGCAAGAGCAGAGGUGUGUUCGGAGUAUAAUGUAGAGUGAACAGGGGUAUUAACUGCCAGAAUGAUUGUAAUCUUCAAGAGCUGUGCAAAAAUGUCCUCAUCUGUGAACCAAAUGUCCAAAAUAAAACCUCAACAGUUCACUGGAAA